CUGAUAUUCGGCAUCCCUUCGAGAGCUCCCAAAGCAGCUGUCCGUUUGGAAUCCUCUGUUGUCAGAAAAAAGAGCGAGCGAGAAUAGAAUUUUUGUGAUGUAUCURCUCUAAGGUCGUCAUAAGUAUCUGAUCAGGGGCAGUGUUUACCGUGAUGUCCGCCAUGGCCUUCCAAUCGGCACAAAUAGAGUACAUUCAGCCGGUUCAAACGACCCAGGAAAUUCAGCCCUCUCCACUAGCUCUUUUGGCUGCAACAUGUAGCAAGAUUGGCCAGGGAACUGACUUUCCAGACAACCAGCCUCAGAACGUUAUCAAUCAGGCUCAACAACAAGACUUCCCUCAAGUUUGGUCGACGCCUGAUCAGACAGCGACAGUUCAAGUGAACGAUGACUUUCAAGCUCAUACAGGCAAUAUUUUGCCAACACAAAAUCAAACAGCUCCUGCAUUAUACUCCCCCUUAAAUGCUCUUAGCCAAAUCGAAAAUGGUCAGGUUUACUACGCCAUAGUCACAACUUCACCGACUCAAGAGCAGCGACAAGACAACAACGCUAAUCAAGUGCUAACACUGGCUUCGACCAACAACGAUCCACAAUCGCCGGAACAAAUGUAUUCUUUUGAGACUUCAGGAGUCUCAGAUUCGUCAUGGACAACAAAGACAACAACAACAGAUAAUCCUGUGAACACUAAUGUACAGUGGUGGCAAAAUAAAUCGGUCAAUUGGGUAAAUGCUAACGUUAAUACAGAACAGUUCACUUCGCCCAAUUGUGGCACUGCUUUGGUGAGCGUCGAAAAUGUUAUGGAAGGUCAACAACAACAACAACAGCAGCAGCAACAAACUCAGCAGAUUGUUGUGAAUCCCACAAGCAAUGAUGGUGAAACUGCGACGUAUAUUCAAGUAACAAGYACGCCUCAGGGACACAUUAUCCUUACUCAAGACGGAAACGACGCGAGCAAAUGGUCGACAGAUGCGACUAUAAAUCUCAAUGUUGUAGCUUCGCCACCGCAAACGACCGCUGUAACUACAAGUAACAUUGUUCCAGUUACUCUUCCGCUCGAUGUUGUUUCAAAUGUUCAAAGUCCUGUUAAUAGUUCGCCUAAUACUCCGUUGAGUCCUCUGACGGGACGAAGGCUUCGCCGUGUGGCUUGUACUUGCCCAAACUGUCGUGAUGGAGAGGGAAGGACUGCCAAUGGACGCAAGCAACAUAUCUGCCAUAUUCCGGGUUGUGGGAAAGUCUAUGGUAAAACGUCUCAUCUUCGAGCGCAUCUUCGAUGGCAUUCAGGCGAACGACCAUUCGUGUGUAAUUGGUUGUUCUGCGGGAAGAGAUUUACUCGAUCUGAUGAACUUCAGCGCCAUCGAAGAACUCAUACGGGCGAGAAGCGUUUCACAUGUWCAGAAUGUGGAAAAAAAUUUAUGCGAAGUGAUCACUUAUCGAAACAUGUCAAAACACACUCAAAUACAAAAACUAAAACUCCUGCUGUAAGUCAUGUAUCUGCACAAGACCCUGUUCCUAUUCAGCCUCAGAGAGAAGCCACGGAAAUAGAACCUCCUUGUAUUCAAAACGACGGUACUGCUGUAGUCGAAAUCAACAUCCCUCAGGUUUCUGUCAGCGAAGAAAAUUGCGURGUGCCUCAACCUCCUUUUCGCGAGCAAACAAUCGAAGAAGAGUUUAAUAACACUUCAGCUGAGGAUUUUAUAAAUGCUGCAGACUUUAGUACAGUCUCUAUGGAUUAAACAUAGGAAGGAAAAUAUACAUAAACAUUUCACGUAUGAAAUAUACUAAAAAUCUUCCUGCAUUUGGAACCGUUUUUAUAGCACUAGUGUACWUAGGACUCUCAGCAUAAAAAAAUAAUAAUUUAUUUACUGUAAAGAAUUCACCUCAAAUUUGUGAUUCCACUCUCUCCCUUGAAAUUUUGUAAAAAUAUUUUAAUAUCAUAGUCAUAAUUUAUUCUCAGUUUGAAGUAAUUGUAACAUUCAUGAAUAUUGAUGAUAGCAAAUAUGUAGAAAUUUUAGCAAUAUACAAAAGGUAUACAGUAAAGAAGUAUAGGUAUGUUUUUUACUCAUUUUCAUUGAUCGGUAUUGUUAUCUUCGUAACUGCUUAAAAGAAGACUUUGUGUCGAUCAAUUAGAAAAAACAAUCAGCUCAGUUAUUAGAGGGCGAUAUAUUAUUGCAGCUAAUUUUCCUCGAAAAAUGUUCCAUGUUUCAAACCGUUGAUGAGCUUUAAAGCUAUAAUUGCCACAAGAUCAAGAAUUUUAAAUAACUGGAAGUGAAUAUGUAAUUAMAUUAAUUAUAUAUGGCCGAGACUAAAUCCUGGUGACGACCAGGGUUUUUGUGUAUGUGAGAGAUUAUGCUCAUAUUUCAUGCAAACGCUAUUUCUUACAGAUGGCGCAAAUAAUAGGCUAUUACAGUGUGAUCUUUUACUAAGUAUUUUAAAGAAAUUUAAAAAAAUUCCAGAGUUAAACUAGCUCCAUUCAAAGGGCAUUUUGCAGAGGUCUGAUAAGUGGCUCUGAAAAGCUGGUAAAGCCAUUGAUUACACCACAAAUACAAAGACAUGAGUACUUCUUAAAAAGUAAUGAUAUUCACUAUAUUGGUUCAGAUCGCAUUGUGAAUCUCACUGUGAAUGUUAUUUGAUUCAUGUUUUGUACUUUUAGAAUGAAAUACUGAUAUUUCACUUGA